GACUUCAAAUCCUACCUCCGCAUGGUGCCACAGAUGUUCUAUGAGUUGCUUGACCGAGUUGGCCCCCGCAUUGCCAAGACCACAACGCAUCGAACCCCCUUGGAUCCUGGGCUGAAGCUGGCGAUCACCUUGAGGUUCUUGGCGACCGGAAGCAGCUAUCAUGAUCUGGCGUUCGCGUUUCGUGUCCCACACAACACCAUCUCUCUGUUCGUCCCCGAGGUCUGUCAGGCCAUCUACGACGAAUACGAGGACGAGAUGUGGGCCACUCCCCAGACAGAAGAUGAGUGGCGCCCGGUAGCCGAGGGAUUCGGAGACAGAUGGAACUUUCCCCACUGUUGUGGCGCGAUCGAUGGGAAACAUGUCGCCAUCAAGAAGCCCCCCAAGAGCGGCUCACUUUACUACAACUACAAAGGCUUCUUUUCCAUCGUCAUGCUUGCAGUGGUAAACUCUGACUACAAGUUCAUCUGGGCGGAUGUGGGGUCACCAGGGUCGUAUUCCGACGCCGGCAUCUUUAACCGGUCGCGACUGGAGCCAGGUCUGCGUGAGGGAACGAUCGGACUACCCCAGCCGGAUCCCCUACCAAAUGACGACCAGGACACACCCUACUACAUGGUCGGAGACGACGCCUUCCCCCUACGGCCAUACAUGAUGAAGCCUUACCCUCAUCGGCACCUGAAACGGGACGAGCGGAUCUACAACUACCGGUGUUCCAGGGCACGCCGUGUGGUUGAAAACGCGUUUGGUAUAUUCGCCAAUCGCUUCAGAUGUCUGCUAACAACCCUGGGAUUGAGACCGUCGAAAGUUACCAAGAUCGUCAAGGCCUGCAUGACCCUUCACAACCUCAUGAGGACUCGUUACCCCAACCUUCAGAAUGCUGACCUCGACCGGGAAGAUGAGCAGGGACAGAUCAUCGCGGGUGCAUGGCGAGACCAAGCCGUGCUCGAAGAUGUGCAAGCAGCAGGGCACGGGCCAAGAUUGACCCGACCAGGCAAAGAACUGCGCGCAUACCUCAAGAAUUACUUUUGCAGUCCUGCCGGGAGUGUGCCAUGGCAAGAUGUGGCAAUAAACCAGCAGUAACUUGUGUCUAAUAUUGUUACAGUAUACCGGAUGCAGCCACAGACAUUCCAUUAUUCUUCUCAGGACUUAACGCAUUUUUGAUGUGUUAUACUUUCCAUUAUUCAGUAUGUUGUUUGCAAAUAAAUCUGUUAUUGGGUAAUCUUAAAACAUUGCCUUUACUCUUUUUAAUUUGAACACUAGUAAUAAAUGCCAAAAGAAAUCAAACCUGUUUGAAAGAAUAAAUCAAUAUUAAAAUACACCAGUAUGAAUAAGAUGAGAUGUGUGUAAAUAAUACAACAGCAACACAUUCAUUGUGAUUGAAUUAUUUUUAAUCAAAGAAUAAUCGUCAUUGUAUCUUUUCUUUCACCUUUAAAAACUAACCUUUCAUAAAGAAAAACACUUGUAUCAACCAAUAUGAUUAGCUUUGUAAUUUUGUAAUAGGCUUCAAAUGAUUGCCCAUUAAUAUGUUUUCACCUUUUAAAAAGUAUGUGUUUUUUCAUAAUGAGGAAGGAUCUCCAUUGUUUACAUAUCAGAUAAAGUCUUACGAAAUAUUAAUUUUUACUUGAGUACUGUUUAACUUUUGAUCUAUGCAACUUUGUUAAAAUUAACCAAUUUUUAUGGUGUGUUCUAUAAAACCUUCUAAAUGACAUUUUCUUUCCUUCUAAAUUAACUUUGUUUUACCUUUUGAGUUCUCAGUUUAUUGCUCUAAGAUGUUAAAAAGAUAAAAACAAUAAAGACAACGACAGAACUUUAGUUUUCAUACCUUGGAUGUUACCACAUACACAAUAAAUAUGGCAAUAAACAUAAACUGGCACGGGACACCGGCCGAUACUCGGUCGUACACCGGCCGAUGCGUAUUCCGAUGUGGUAAGGAUGGGGCUGCGAUGAGGGAGCUCGGUGAGAGCCCGUCGAAUUUUUAACUCCGAAGUUAAAUUUCGCCGAGCUGCCACCGAUGCGGUUUUUAGCCCCAAACGCCGGCCGGUGACCACGGGAGUCCGGCCGGUGUCCGGCUAAAAUCGCAUCGCUGGCUCAUCGGAACCUCAUCGGCCGGGCUAUGUGACCUAGGCA